AUGUUGUCGCUUUUCCGACAAACAAUGCUUCGGCCAAUUUCGGCUGAAGCAAUUCAAGUGAGAGGAAGAAAAAGAGCCCUGAAACAAACGAUAACUCGACAACAAAAACUGGAAAGACGAAUGAAAAGAGAGGAAAAAGAGGCAGCCAGAAAACAAUACACUUUUAUGGAAAGAAUUAAUAUUCGAAGAAUGAAAAAUCUGUGAGUUCUGUGAACUUUUUUUGAAAAACUGUUGAAAUCAAAAUUUAGUCUUUCUCCAUCUCAACAAUAUCCGGGUCGCCUAAUUCCUGAAGAAGAAGUCAAUCUACCAGAAAAGCCAACUUUAGAUGUAUUUAUCAAGUUAGUGUUUUUUUUUUGAGAAUUCCUAACAAGGGAACCUUUUUUACUCAACACUUCAAAUCAUGAUGAAAUUUGGUCCAUGGACAGCUUUUGGGACCAUAAGAACACCCUAAAAAUUUUAGUCUCCCAAUGGACCUCUGAGCCAAGUUCUGGCCUUUCAAAAGUUCAAAAAAGGCCUAAAAAUGGUCAUAAAAGUAAUCAUAGCUCCAUUUCAAAUUUUUUUUGGAGAAAUGAAGUUUCAGAUAUUGAUCAGCAUAGUCGAUUACCUAAAAGUACAUCAAUAAAAAACUUUAUUUCGAAAAAUUUUGAAGUUUUUUAUUUUUGGGCUAAAAAUUCAUGAAAAUUCAUAUGUGCCCCUGCUCAUUCUUUUUUUCAAAAUCAAAAAUUUUUCUGAAAAUUCGAUUUAUUGAUUCUUUUUGGGUAAAUCGAUCACGCUGAUCAUCAUCUGCUACUCAGUUUUUGAUAAAAUUGAUCGAGAAUUGAGUUAUGACGUGUUUUAUGAGCCAAUUUUGGCAAUUUUCGAACUUUUGAGAGCCCAGAACUUGGCUCAGAGGUCCAUUGGGAGACUAAAAUUUUUAGAGUGUUCUUAUGACCCCAAAAGCUAUCUAUGGACAAAAUUUCAUCAAGAUUUGAAGUGUUGAGUAAAAAAGGUUUCCUUGUAAGACCUUUCCAAAAUCUUAAUGUUUUCAGAAGUCACUUCAAGACACAAUUUUAUUCAGUUGGUGAAGCUUUAGACAUGCACAGAGAGCUUCAAAGUCCGAGUAUUUAUAACAAUCCAAAUGCGCCGAUUCGUCUUAGAUUGGAAUUGAAUAUGACAACUGAAAGACAGACUAAAAUGAUAACUGGAUCUGAUGAAAUUGUGCCAGUUCCAUUUCCAUUUAAACAUAAUGAAAAACGGAGUAUUCUAGCAUUUGUGAAUGAUGCAAAACUUCAAGAAUUGGCGACAGAAUCAGGAGCAGAAAUGGCCCUUGGACAAGAUAUGAUCAAAAAAAUCAUAAAAGGUCAAUUCCGAACUGAUGAUUAUGAUUUCUGUGUUUCGCACACUGAUAUGGCCUCAUUUAUCCUGCCACUUCGAGGAAUUCUCAAAACUCGUUUCCCAUCGCGCGCCAAUGGUGGACUUGGUGAAAAUCUCCCAGAGCUCAUUGAAAAAUUCAAAAAUGGAGUGAAAUUGAAUAUCAAAGGAGAUCCAGUUUAUCCGAUUUGGGGUUUGAGUGAUUGUGUUGUUGGAAGAUUGUCAAUGGCGAAUGAGGAAAUUGAGGAGAAUAUUGCGACUGUUAUUAAAGCAACAUGUUCACAUAGAAAUCCAGCAUUGGGAUCUUUUAUCAAUAGGUAAGAGUUUGGUUGAUUGAAGAGAAGCCAGAUAUUAUUAAAAUAUCUUGUUAUUUUGAGAUUUUCCACAACAUAAUUUAAGAAAAACUACCAGAAAUGCUAAAUUUCGUUCAAUUCUCAAAAUUAUUUUUUUUUUCAAAGUUCACGUUCAAAAAAUUUAUGACACUCUUUUAUUCUAAACAUUUCCAUGUUUUUUAUUGAAAAGUUUCCAUGGUCCCCCGUUUUUCCUUUUUCCAUUCCUCCUCCAAAAUCCUCUUUUCAGAGCUCUUCUUCUGACAGUUCCUGGUGAAGAAUAUUAUGCAAUUGAUGUUCAAAAAUGGCUUCCAAUUCCAACCGAAGAAGAAAUUGAGAAGAUUGAAAAACGUAAAAAUAAGAAAAAGAAGAAGGAUGAAAAGAAGACUGAAAAUAGCUCGGAAGAUCAACAAAAUGAAGCGACUGCAUAG